AUGCACAUGCACGCUAUGCACCUCAUCCAGACUCCGCAGAAGCUCGAACGUAAGACACGGUGGUAUGACGGCAUCGUCAAGUUCUGGAGUACACAGAUUAGUCUCACAAUUGAAGAGGGCACGUAUAGAGAUCAUCUUGCACUCGAACGCACCUUCCUAGCCUACCUCCGCACCUCGCUUCUCCUCGUAAUGAUGGGUAUAGUCGUCGCCCAAUUAUUCCGCUUGCAACACACGCCGAAGCCUAACGCGCACUUUGGCUUCCACAAGAUCGGUAUACCUUUGGCGGUUACCUUUAUCUGCAUGGCCAUUGUCGUGGUGCUGGUCGGCGCGAUUUCAGGCCUUACAUCAAAGGUUUGA